GUUUAAGUUUCCGGUGUCGCAGCUUCAGUUCAAGACAUCAUACGGGAGAACAUCUCAGGUGUUUGGUUCGCCCGGUUCGCCUAGCAAUGAGUUCGUGAUAGACAACAACGGAACGAAACUUGUUGGGCUCCAUGGUAGCUUUGGUGACUUUCUCUGCUCUAUAGGAGCUCACUUUAUUCUCGUUCCUCCUGUUUUUAAGCAACUAGAACUUCAUGGUGGGAUCCUUGGGGAGAAAUGGGACGAUGGGGUUUACGACUCUGUGAGGAAAGUGCGUGUUGGAGAAGAUGCUGAUCGUGUCACCUCCGUUGAAUUCGAGUACAGUAAUGGAUAUCAGCGGAUAACUCAUUCUCACGGCAAAAUACGACAAGAACGUAAAGAGUUUGUGCUGGAAUAUGAAAAUGACGAGUACAUAAAGUCCAUUGAGGGUUUCUACGAUAAAGAUGGUUUCAUUUCGUCUUUAACCUUCAAAACAUCAAGAGAUAGAGACUCUGAGGUAUUUGGGAAACCGAAUGGUACCAAAUUCGUCCUCAUGGCAAAAGGGUUUGAUAAGCUUGUCGGGUUCCGAGGAAUGUCUGACGAUAAUCGUGUUACUGCUCUCGGAGCAAAUUUUGCCGUGGUGGUAGCUCCACCAGUGAAGAAACUAGAAGCAAAAGGUGGGAAUCCUGGUUGCGAGGAGUGGGAUGAUGGGAUCCACGAAGGUGUUUACAAGAUAAUAGUAUCAAGCGAACACUCAGUUGUGAAGUCGGCCAAGUUCGAGUACGCCGACAGACAGUACCAAACUGUAAAUGGAAACGAUCACGUGAAGAUCAUCCCAGGUUAUGAUAUCAAAGAGUUUAAGCUUUUGUUAGGAGAUGAAUACAUCACAUCCGUUGAAGGACACUACGGUCAAAUACAUAACGAUGGAAUAGCGCGUGAGUUGACUGAACUGAUUGGAUACAAAUACAUAACGAUGCUUAAGUUCAAGACAAACAAGGGAACAUAUCAAGUGUUGGGAAACGAAGAAGAAGAUUAUGAGGGCGAAUCGUUCGUGUUGGGGAUGGAAGGUCACAAGAUUGUUGGGUUCCAUGGCAUGUCUUCAUAUGAUACUCUUUAUCGAAUUGGUGCUUACGUCAAGCCAAUCGAUAGCCCUUAAAAAGUUUUUUAUUUAUAAAUCGCAAAAGCAUGUGUGUAUGCUUUAGUCUCUCCUUAAUUACCUUUUAUGUCAUCUUCAUGGUUGUUGUUGCUAGUAUUCUCCUUAAUUAUGCCUUAUGGCUUUUCCAUUUGAAUAAAG